AUGCACGCUCUCAGCCUACAGCAUGCACCAUACACUACUGUCGUCUCACACACUCUUAAAGCCAUCGAAGAGCUUCCGGAGUGUCACCCAAGUCAAUCAUAUUUACAGGAGUUGCUUCGAAAUGAGCCUCCGACACCUUCGACUCCUACCAGCAGAACCAAUUCUAGACGACCAAGCAACACGGGAUCAAGACGCACAACACUUCUCGAUCUACCCUUGGAGGUGCGCAAACUCAUCUACGAGUACUCAGCGGCAGAAGACGAUCCCAUUUCUCCUGUGUUCAAAGCGACAGGAGAAGAACUUGGUGGUGGUGACCACGUUGAAGAGAGCUACUUGAAGGCCGGCUUGCCCGUCCUGUUGGGCAUAUUUCCCAGACUCCAAAAGGAACUGGCCGCCAUGCUUCCCACGUUCUACAAAGCGAACACGUUCCAAUUUGAUCUAAAAGGCGAGUCUGGUGGCGACGCUCUGCAGCGCUGGAUUGAAGAAAAGAAUGAUGAAGCAUCAGCAGCAAGAAAGAUAUGCCUCAAACACUGGACUUGGUACUACAACGCCAGUGCGGGUUGGGAACACGUACCAGACGAAACUAUCCUCAGCCUGACGUCCUCCGGUCAUGUACGAGUGACGAGGAUCGCCCGGCAACUGCACCCUUUAGCCUGCGAGUGCGAGAUGGAAAUUCUCGUGAGUGCACAAUGUCCAGAUUGGAAAAUCAACAAACUCUGGUCAGUGGCCGACUUUGUCAGCGCUCUCCGCCAAGAGGAAGGGCUUUUGAUACAAGCUGUGAACAAGGUCGUAGAAUUCAUACACUACCACAACGAGACUUUUCACGGAUGGACACAGGGUCCAAAAGCUUGCAAGCUGUGCGGCAAGCAGAUGAUAUUCAUUCGGUCCUUCGACGAGUUCGAGUGA